UUAACUACAAACUAUUGACGUCACUAGCCGCAUGUCAAACUUGUUUUGUUUAUGUGUCAUGCAACAAGCAGUAAUUUUGUGAAAAUUCCACUAAAAUGUGUGAUCUAAAUGAUAAUCCAAUAAAACUAACGGUUAAGUGGAACGGAAAAGAAUAUGAUAUUCCAGAAUUCUCCCCAUCAGACUCCGUAGCGAUGUUAAAAAUCGCAAUAGAAAAUGCGACGGGCGUUCGUCCGGAAAGACAAAAGUUGCUUAACGUUAAGUUUCAAGGUAAAGUAGCAACAGACAACUGCACGCUAUCAGAGUUAAACCUAAAGCCAAACCUGAAAAUAAUGAUGAUGGGGUCUCUAGAAGAAGCGAUACAGGGUGCCCGCACUAAACCAGAUGUUGGGGAUGAAGUAGUCAAUGACCUGGACAUUGAGGAAGAAGAGGUUGAUGUUGAAAAUCAAGAGAUAUACUUAGCAAAGAUUGGCAAACGUGUGCGCGAUUAUAAAAUCUACAUAUUGAAUGAGCCACGUCCAGGAAAGAAACUGCUUGUUCUAGACAUAGACUACACACUGUUUGAUCACAGAUCUGUCGCUGAAACUGGUUAUGAAUUAAUGCGGCCAUUUCUCCAUGAAUUUCUGACGUCAGCGUACGUAGACUACGACAUAGUGAUAUGGUCGGCCACCGGUAUGAAGUGGAUAGAAGAGAAGAUGCGGCUCUUGGGCGUGUCCACACAUCAGGAGUACAAGAUCAUGUUCUACUUGGAUUAUCUGGCGAUGAUCACCGUCCACACAGCCAAAUAUGGGACUAUUGACGUGAAACCGUUGGGCGUUAUAUGGGGCAAGUUCCCGCAGUACAGCUCGAAGAACACAAUCAUGUUCGACGAUAUUCGAAGAAAUUUCAUAAUGAAUCCAAAGAGCGGGUUGAAAAUCCGACCGUUCAGACAAGCCCAUCUCAACAGAGACAGGGACCGAGAGUUGUUACACCUCUCUACAUACUUACGUGAUAUAGCUCAAUACUGCGACGAUUUCGACCAACUUAACCAUAAAAAAUGGGAGAAAUACAAGCCAGACAAGAAAACUCAACAUGCUGGCAGUAAAAGGAAAGCUGAGGACAGCUCUCCGUCUACCAGGGAUUGACCUGUGUGGACGGUAGUGCGGAUCGACUGAUAGUAUUUAAUUUAGUGGCAUUUGCAUCUCUGUUCUUAGGACAAUAAGAGUGCUGUUGAGAAUAGCACUUUUUAAGUUUCCGCGGCCACGCAUAUACGGCCGAUCCCAAUAGCUAUCUGCGGAUUGAUCGCGAAAUUGGCCAAUAAGGAAAUUUUGUUUUGACAUGCUUUUGAUUAAUUAUUUUAGUAGCUUAUUCUCAAGAUAAGAUCGGGAUCAUUUAUUUAUCUUCAACGAUAGUUCUAAUAGUCAAUAAAUUCUUGAUUAUGAUGAACAUAUUAGUUCCAUUAUGAUAAUACUUGAACGUGAAAUAAACUUACCGCUACAUGAGUUAAUCAUUUUGUUGAAUAAACAAGGUUAUUGCAAUCCUUAAAAUAUCUUAAAUCCUCUGUGAUAAGUUUUAUUAUUUAUCCGCAACACCAUUAUGACAUACUAUGGUGCUAAAUUGGAUGAAUGUAAAGUAAGUCAAAUGGUAUUUUCAUAGACAAGAACACAUACUGGUAAAUUUCAAUCAAAGGAUUGAGACACAUUGGCCAAUAAACAAAAAAAAAUCAUAUCAAAAAUUAUUUUCAUUGGGACUUAAUUAAUUACGAAACUUAUAGUGCAACGAUGGUACGAAGGAUUCUCAAACACUUGCCUAAUGUUUUCGACUCGUGUGCAAGAUACAGACAAAUCGUGCUAAAUGAAUGGCAGACGCUAUCAAGACAAAAUAAAUCCAUAAUCCAUACAUUAAAGUUUAUAUGUGGUAUUUAUCUAUGGUUUCCUAGCUUGGAGCACCGGGUUUAUUUUAGCACUUACACUAGAGACUCAAUGAACCAUUCGAAUAAUCGAAAUCGAAAAUUAAUUACAAACUUUUUGGCAAAAGGGGCAUUUACUUUUUGCUUCACGUAUUAAUAUAUAGAUUCUCUAGUAAAAAAGUAGUCUCAUAGCACUCAGCAGCAAUGUAGCUUACUAUUAGUGUAUUUUUAAAACUGGUUUAAUACUUUUUGAAUUUCAUACAUAAAUUUCAUAUAAGGUUGGCGAAUUCGUAUGUUAUGUUAUGGUUGCUGAGGUCCUGGUAAUCGAGUCUCUACUAUUAUAUUACAAAGAAGUGUUAGUAAUUGUCGAUAACACUAUAAAUUCUGUUUGUUAAGGUCUAUGUGUGACACGCUGAAAAGGAAACAAUCUUGUUUAAAACGGGAAGUUUUUGGAAUAAACCAACAUAAGACCAGAGAUGCAAAAUUAUGCCAAAGUAAAAUAAUACAAUUUGUGAUUAAGUCGAUCUGUGUCGCCUUUAGCUUCACAAGACUGCGUAUAAAUGAAGCUUAGAGAAACCAAAAACUAUAGAUCUUUGGGGAAACCGUGGUUUAAACUCAUUUGAAACCUGAGGUUUUUUAUAAACUUUGGUCAUCGUGGUAUCCAAAAGAAUUAUUGUUAUCCCUUGCACGGUUUAGAGCAAAAUAAAAUUCGUCCUUCGUCCAAAAAUAAAGAAAUGAUUUUUAUGGCGUCGAUAAUUUAAAGCGCGCCAAUUUUGGAAUUUCCGUUAGUAAUUACUGUAUUCUUAAUUCAAAUGUAGAAAUGGUAUUCUAAUUAAUUCAAAUCUUAAGUUUUUUAUUUUAAUAAUAUCGAACAAAAUAUACUUAUAGAAAACAUUAAUGAUUUGACCGUCUUAACGUAAGCGAAUCAAACGAUUGUCGAUAAAAUAAAGUGUCUUCAACAAUAAGUCGGGUCCCGAUGGGAAAUUUAUACUUCACGAUGUUAUCGUGCUAUAGAUACAUGGGUGUGAAAAGUAAGGGUAGUCUGAAAAGUGUGAGGGAAGAUGAGCUACACUUAAUCACAUGUCACGUUCCAUGUAGAGGGCGUUUAAAGAAUAAAAUACAUAUUUAUUGCUGAAAUUAUAUAUUUUUUUUAUUAAUAAGUAGAUUUUGCACGAAUUAAAUUAUUUCGUAAUUAGCAUUCUUUUCCUUGCAUGUUUAGAAAAAAAGUGAGCCGUGUUGCAACGGAACUGUGGAAUAAGAAUUAUAAUCUCAUCCCUUUUUUAAUCAAUAUACAUAUCGUGCGAAAUCUACCAACACAAUUUCAUUUAAAAUACGCUUUUGCGGGCGGUAAGGCAUUUGAUACGUAUAGAAAUAAUAGAAUGUUGUUUUUAAAGUGAUAACAUUUAUACUGAUUCAUUACCAUUCAAAUGAAUACAGGAAUUAUUAUUGUAAUUGCGCAUUUAAUAUAAAGUAUUUAUUUUAAUUAUUGUAGUCAUAACGCUUAGAUAUUUAAUAUUCAGCUUUUUAAACUAGAUGAAUUUAAUAUUUAAAUUAGUAUAUCCAAGCGAAUAAAUGUAUUGCCUUUUAAAAGUAGCCUUUGAUAAAAAAAAAUAUAAAUUAAUGUAGCAUGAAAAGUCGCUAGAUGUUUAAAGGUAAAGUACUAAAUAUCUUGUUCACGUCCACUUUAAAUAAUUCCUUAUAAAAUAAUAUUAAUUGAUCCAGUCGACACGUAAUACAUGUAGAAUAUACAAGAUUUCAACUCAAAAUUAUAAGUUAAGUACAGCGGCAUGAGUCGUAAGCACGCUAUUUUUCGGUUUGACGUUCAACAUGCUGAUUGUUCGCGCGAUAAGAAAGUAAUUCUUCGAUAUUCGUGUACUAUUUCACUCGGACAAGUCGAUGGAUUGUUGUACAUUUGCUCUAGGUUUGAGGUUCAAUAUACCGAUGUUUCGCGCUAUAAGAAAUUAAUUGGUUCCUCAGCCGCUCUUCGUUUAUUAUUGGAUUAAGACGUUGCGAUCGGAUGUUGUUCCCCAGCUGCUCCAACCACCGUUCGUCUGUGCUCACCACUCUUGGCGAGCUGCUUGCGGCUCUGCCUAUGUCUGUAGACUUAAUUAUUUUUUUUCGUAAAUUGAUUGCCACAAACCUUUUUUAUGUAGAAAUUGUUAUACAUUUGAUGUAAUGAUGACCGAAUCGUUUUUAAAUGGAAUCUUAGAUCCGAAUGUGCAGUCACGUUCUAUCCAGAAUUCUGUAUUCCCCUUACAAUAUACUUACCUUAUUUACCUACCUAUCCUAUCCUUCGUUCGUAUAAAAUAUUGACUCAAAACAAAUAUUUUAGACAACUGAGUAAUGAGCAUCGGCUCUAACACAGGAUUCCUUGUAUGUUCUUUUUAAUCAUCCCAGAAUGCAAAUUUGUAUCCAGCUGUGUUUUAAUCUUGUACUGUCAAUUAGUUUUAUGACAUAAAUGUUAAAAUUCACGUUUUACUUACUUGAAUUAAAUAGAAGGCUAUAUUUGGUAUCAAUUUAAUACAAUUCGACCGACUAUGUAACAGUGCCCGUUGUACAUAAUUACAUGGUCAGUAUAAAAGUAGUUAAAAUAAUUUAUAAGAAUAAAAUAUUUUCAAUUAA